AUGGCAUCGACAUCGAGUCCACCUGCAUGGCAACAGUCCUGGCCCGCAGCGCACGACGCCAGCGGGCCGUGCCACUGUCAGUACUGCGCCAGUGGAGGAUCGUGCGAAUCGUCGCAUCGAGAUCAUUACUACAACGAUCGAGCGACCCGUUCGCCGCCGCGGGGCGCCGGCGACAACACUCAGGACAUGCACGGCGAUGAUAUGCGCAACACUCCUGAGCACCGCGGCUCCAGUCUACAGUUGAGCUUGAGUCAACCGAUCGACAGGCUGGGCCUGAUGGGGGCCGAGCGGCUUCCGGGCGACUCGCGGGCUGGAUCUCUGGAGCAAUCCCGACAACAGUUGUUCGAACGACAGUUCUUCGGAAUAACGGAGUCCACAGCGGAGGCGCUAAAACAGAUUGGGCAGCCUUCUCCAAGUUCACCGAGUCAAACACACCUGGGUCAGGAUUUCAUGUCCAGAAGUACUUACCAGCCCGGGCAAGUGGCUCAGCGGGCGAGCACCAAAAAAGACGCCGAUAGGGUUCGUAGGCCUAUGAACGCGUUCAUGGUGUGGUCACGUGGGCAAAGGAGGAAGAUGGCACAGGAGAAUCCGAAAAUGCACAAUUCCGAGAUAUCGCGAAGGCUGGGUGCCGAGUGGAAGCUGCUGUCCGAGGCAGAGAAGAGACCCUUCAUUGACGAAGCGAAGAGACUUCGAGCCGUGCACAUGAAGGAACAUCCGGAUUAUAAAUACCGACCAAGGAGAAAGACAAAGACGUUGAUGAAAAAGGAGAAGUAUGCCGCUCCUACAGCGCCUUCGGUAGGGGGUCAGGGUGGCCCCACGGACUCCGUACUGCAGCGCAAUCCGAUACAGGCCGCCAAUCGGCUCCCAGGGAUCCAGAACAAUAUUAUGCCUCUCGCAGACUCGACGUGCGAUUUCUACUCCCCUGUGGGUACCUAUACGCCUCAAGGCUACUCUCUGACGGGCGACUUCUACAACCAAAUGUAUCAACAGUCGCAAAUGAACCCUCUGUACCAGCGCUACGACCAGUACCCUUGCCCAGGCUACGGAUUCGGCUACUCUACGCAACCCGGCACGCCGGGUCAGCAGAGUGUUCGGAGCGACGACAGCGGAGCCGCUACUCCAAACGGCUCCCCAGGCUCUACUCCAGGUUCAGUCAACCUCUCCGGAAGCUCCUCGGGAGUCCUAUCCGGGAUUCCGGCCGCUUCUGGAUCCUUGUCCGGUAAUAUAAACUCGAACCUUGGUCUCAAUCUCGGCUCUAACUUGGCUUCGAAUCUGCCUGGUCUUGCUGGUGCUGGAGUGGCUUUGAACGGUGGUGGUAACGGUGGAUCCGGUGGUGCGGGAGGUGGAGGUGGUGGAGGAGGAGGUGGAAGAUCGGCUCAUACUCCAACGCUAGGGCUUUCAGGCCAACCGCCCUCCCCGGGAACCUCGAUGGCCAGUUCCGUCGGACUCGACCUCAGUGGGGCCAUGUCGGCAGCUGCCGGAAACCUGGCCAACGUGGCUCGAAGAUAUCCGAAUGGGACCGACUUCAGAGAUAUGAUGUCCGCCUAUCUGCCUCCCGGUCAUCAAGGAACAGCUGAGGCUGGUGCUCAGUCCUAGGAGACAAAGCGUCAUUUGAAAGACUUUCGUUUUCGGGCUUUCGACUCAUCGAGACAACAUUGAAACAGCGAACGAUCCCGAGUGCGUCUACCCUUAGCUAUGACUGUUCUGCCUUCGUUUCCCUCGCUCCCCCAUCCCCGUCCCUCCUGGGUCCUCGUUUUGUCCAAUCUUCGACGGAUCUCCGAU